AGAAAACGGGUCCAGAAAGAAACGCAGCGACGCAGUAAUGGCGAUCGUUAACUCCCUUAACUGCCACAAGCCCUUCUCUGCUUCUGCUCAUCCCCAAAACCCUAAUUUCAGUUCCAUCAAAUUUCACCCCCAAAACCAGAGACAAGUUUCCACCUUCUACGUUCCCGCCAAAACCAUCAGCCGCCGCCGUCGUCGUCUCGCCAUUAAUGGGUGCCUCAAAGACUCGGAAGAAAACACCGCCGUUCAAGGUAAGGAAGUAGACAAUUUAGGCGUUAGGGCUGCAUUGUCUAUGCUAAGAUUCUACAAAAGGGAGAUCUCUCCAAUUAUUCCCAAGAGUUGCAGAUAUGUACCAACAUGUAGUGAGUAUUCCAUGGAGGCUUAUAAGAAGUAUGGAGUUGUAAAGGGAACCAUUUUGACAGCUUGGCGUCUCUGCCGUUGCAAUCCUCUUGGUGGGUCUGGAUUUGAUCCUCCGCGGUGGUUUGAUGAGAAGAGUCCUCUUGAAGAAUGAGAGAUUUUAUAAUUUGGUUCCUCUGAGAAUCAGCUGGCAAUGCAGUUUCUUAAUGGGAAUGCAUAAUUCUUACGACGUUGGAUGCACAAGUAUCAGGCAAUCUUAUUUUAACAGGGUGUUGACGGGGAACUUUAUGGCCACCAUCAUUAUUGUUAUGAUCACUAAAAUUGUAAAAAAUUAUCUUUAAAAAU